AAGAAGGAAAAACGUAGACAAUACAAAAACCAUGCUAACCGCUCUUUCCUCGCUACUCUUCUCUUCUUCUUCUCUCUCUCUCUCUCUCUCUUUCUCUUUCUAUGUCGCUCGUUCGUUAUCAUCAGAGAGAGGAUUAUGAUUCUGUCUCUCUGAAUCUCUGUGGCGCAAGAAUUCAUUGGUUCAGAACCUUCACAUACCUUAAGAAAUUGUGACAAAAGAUGGCUGAAAAUGAAACAAAGAAAAAGGUUAUCUUUGCAGUUGGGAAUAAGAGAAUUAUCUUCUCUGAUUCUGCGUUUCCCACUUUUGCUGAAGAACUAGAGUCUUUAUAUAAAGAUGAAGACCAUCAUGAUGAUGAUGGAAACGAAUCUGACCCACCUUCAGCCAAAGCCAGCACUACAUUACCGGAUUCCAAUUCCAACUCUUUCUUUUCAUCAUCUUCCAAAGCCAUCCAUUUAGAUAUCGAUUCCGACAAUCAAUGGCAUGGAUUCUUGAAAAAAAUUAAAAAAGGGUCAACCUCAUUCCAUCCUAGCCUGCAUUCCAUUAAGAGAUUAACAAGGAAAAAAAGCAGGAAAUUGAGUGAAUGCAUACCAGACCUACCUCAAAUUAACAUGGAUGCUGAAUUGCAUUGUUUUGAAGCAUCAUGGAAAAAUUUCUCACUCCAAGAUCUGGAAUCUGCAACCAACAAUUUUAGCCGUGAAUACUUAAUUGGAGAGGGAGGGUAUUCAGAAGUUUACAAGGGUCAUUUAGAAGAUGGGCAACUUAUAGCAGUGAAAAGACUAACCAGGGGUACACCUGAAGAAAUGACGUCAGAUUUUUUAUCUGAAUUGGGAAUUCUUGUUCAUGUCAAUCAUCCAAAUAUUGCUCAUAUUAUUGGCUAUGGGAUUGAAGGGGGCAUGCAUCUUGUUCUUCCUUUGUCACAUCAUGGAAGCUUAGCAUCUCUUCUUAGUGGUCAUAAUAAUCAACUGGAAUGGGGAGUGAGAUUUAAUAUUGCCAUAGGCGCUGCUUCAGGUCUUUCAUAUCUUCAUGAGGGUUGUCAACGGAGGAUUAUUCAUAGGGAUAUUAAGGCAGCUAAUGUUUUGCUUUCAGAGGAUUUUGAACCUAAGAUUUCUGAUUUUGGGUUGGCAAAAUGGCUUCCGGAUCAAUGGAUGCACCUCACUGUAUCACAACUUGAAGGGACAUUUGGUAUGCGUCCUUUUCCAUAUUACAGGUACCUCGCUCCCGAGAUUUUCAUGAAUGGUUUAAUUGACGAAAAAACCGACGUAUAUGCUUUUGGGGUACUUUUGUUAGAGAUUAUCACCGGACGCCCUGCUGUCGAUGAGUCACAACAUAGUCUCGUUAUGUGGGCUAAGCCAUUAAUCGCUUCAAAAAACUUUCAAGAGCUUCUUGAUCCUCAACUUUCUGGUGCUUGUGACAUGGACCAGUUAAAUUGCAUCGUGUCAAUUGCUUCCCUAUGCAUUAAUCAUAUCCCAACCGAACGUCCUAAAAUGAGCCAGGUUUAUAGGAUGCUAAAUGGCGAUGAAGGCAUACUUAAUAGCAAAAGACGGUUUCUAAAGAGGACUGCCUUCAGAAGGGGGUCAUCCGUGGAGCUAUAUGCUGAAGAUUAUGAUCCAGAAGACUUAUUACAACCAGAUGAUUUAAAUCAACAAAACCAAAUCGCAUUGGAGCUUUAGAAUUUGUGUUUUUUUGGAUUAUAUUACUUAAUCCAUGCAUCCAGAUGUUGUUGACUUGAGUUGUGUUUUUUUUUUUUUUGUUUUCUAUUUCUUCCUUUAUGGAAUAGAAUAGAAUAUAUGCACAAAGCCUCCAACAACAUAAACCAAGCACGCAUUGGCUCGCGGAUUUUAAAUCCGCACCUCACUCACUCAAGGUAACAUAAAGUUGCAUUUUACUUCAACUGAUUACCAAUUUUGCUCAUCUGUUUACAAAUGACAAGAGAAUUUGCUAUAGAAAUGACAAGAGAAUCACCAAAUUAUGUACAUUUCGAUUAUUGGUGCUCUUAAUGUAAUUGUUCUAUAAUCAAAAAUUAUGUAGUAUAAAUCUUUUAUUUUCAUUG